GCUCAUUUUUAAAAGAACAAACCUCUCCUAGAAAAGAUCAAAUCUGGUUUUUUUUGAAUAAAAGGCCGGAAUUAAACCCAAAAGAGCUGGAUGAAUGUGUUUUACUGUGAAUAUCCCGUUCAAACGAGAUACUUUAAGUAGAUAGUCAUGAUUUGCAGUUUCUAUGUUGGCAACAAAAUUAAAAAAUCACGUUGACGCUUGACGGACGCUUGCUACUUGUUUACAUUUUUAAUUUUACCUGUUUACAAAGGUUUCUGACAGUUCUUUGAAUUGCCUGCGGGCUGUUGAGGAUGAAACUGUUUGCUCGUUGAAAAAGGUGUGUGUGUAAUUUGCGUCGGAACUGGCUGAGACUUGUGUAACCUGUCAGUGUCAAUCAAAAUGACCACUAAAAUGAAACAUAAACGGAUCACGUCCGACCUGUCAAAUUGCACUGAGCACCAAAUGAAACAAUUACCCGUGUCGAAAGAACUCGUUGGCCAUUACCGUACCAAACUGUCUACUCUGAAUCGUGACUACGAAUACUUAUCCAGUCGGGUGGAUGAGUGUAGAUCACUUUUCGAUGCAGAUUGUCGACUGCAGCAAGAAGUUGUUCAAAGAAAUAAUGAGGUUUCUCGGCUUCAACAGGCCGUCAGUGAUCUACAGGUUUAUGUCUUUGAAGAGCGAGAGCAAGCUCUUCGCCUCUAUGCUGAAAAUGAUAAACUAAAGCUACAGCAACUGGAAGACCGGAAGAAAAUCGAUCUGCUUUUGUCAUUAUCCGGCAUUACUGAGAAUGAGGUGACUUUUUUCAUUAGUGAAGCUUCUAAGAAGUCUGCCAUCAUCCCCCAGCGCAUUCACAAGAAAAAAUUGAAAAGUACUGAUUCAAAAGUGGGAUCCAAUAAGGAAAACAGUCAAUCAGAUUUCAAUAAAGGAGAUUCAUCCACUGAUGACAUUGAUAUUUUGAAAUUAAAGAUUCAGUCACUUCAAGCUCAACUGUCAGAACAAAUCCGACUUUACCGAGAUGAAACAGCUGCUCUGUUGCAAGAUCGAGAACUUGCUCGUGCUGAGCGUGUUGCUGAGCAGGCUAGACAUGAGCAAAUAUUUGAAUCACUCACAGCCCGUUUGCAGAAAACCCAGUCACGGGUAUGUGACCUGACAGCAGCCUUAGUUCAAUCCAAAAAGGACUUGUAUGGCAAUGAGGAAACAUGGGCCACUGAGAAAGACCGUCUCAUCCGAAAUCUGGACCUUUGCAAGGAACAAUUAGGGGAAGUGUUCACUCACGAUGGCACUGUGGUCCCUGGUGCAGGAGUACGGUCUGCAAGAAGUUGUGGUGAGCUGUCCGUCUUAAAAAGCCAGCUCUCUGAAAAAGAUAGAAUGCUUUCUAUGUACCAGGAACAAUGCUCUGUCAUGGAGCAGGAAGUAGCAAGAUUAAGAGAUCAAGCAGAAUCAAGUAAAAACCAGUUCAAAAGUCGUGUACAGAAGAUGGCAUCUCAGGUGACCUAUCUACGCAAUAAAUAUAAUGAACUGGACCGUCGGCGUGUCCUUGAAGCUGAGGGCUUUCGAUCAGAUAUUCGCUUGAUGCGUUCAAGAUUGCGAGACCUUGAGAGAGGCUUCACAAAAGUAAAUGCAAGACCAAGCACAACAACAAGUGUCUCUAGAAGUGUAGCUACUGAAUCUGCAAGUGUGAACACUGGACUAGUUUCAUCUGCCCGUGACACUGUAGAAAGAGCAAGGCAGUUAGAACAGGAACUAAAACUUAUCCAUAGUCGAGUGAUGAGCCUGGAAUCAGAAUUGAAAUUAACAGGAAAUGAUGAGUAAAACAUUUUUGGAUCUCUCAGAUAUUUUAUUUCAGAUGUACAGUGUUCAAAACAUUUUUUUGUGUUCUAAAUAUCUCUGUACACAAUUGUUACAACAUUAUUGUUUACCAAAUUUUAUAUUUUAUGAUAUGUACUUCUAUAAUUAACUUAUUGACCUGGUAAAGUACUAGGAAUAAAUCAUUCCUGGAAGUCUCCAUGUGACAUCUUGUAAUUGUUGCUUGUGUGUUUGUGUAUGUACCGUAACUGUGCAUCUCUCCUGCGUAUUAAAUAAUACCUUCAAAGUGAA